CAUACACAGACACCCACACACAUUCACAGAACAGAAGCAAGUAGCUUAGUCCAACUGGCCGAAGUACUCUGUCUGUCUCUACUACUACUAAUACAAAGAUAACUUCUCACAGAAAAGGAGCAACUGUUUCGCCUUUACGGUAUGUUGGAUUACUACCUCUUGAUUUUUUAUUGUCAUUCAAACCAAUGUAUUUUCUUGGUAUUAAUGGUUUUAUUGCUACUAGGGCUAGGAAGGGGAUGUGGGUGUUGGUGUUGGCAGACAAUGAAGAUAACAGGAAGUAAUGGGAGAGAUGGGCCAUUCUUUUCCCUUAGGUGUACAGAAGACUUAGAUAUAAAGGUUCUCACACAGUAAGAUUUGAGGGUUGAGGGUGUUAGUUGAAUGCCAACUUCACAGGGAAUGGGAACUUUACAGUGAUGCAUGUACAAGAAUCAGGAUUGCGAUCUAAAAUUCCUACAACUUUGCAGUGGAACCACACAUACACAUAAUAAUGAACAAUGAUGUAAUUUUUCAAAAAAAGGGACUAAGAAACAUAGGAAACCCUUGAACUAAGUUAAGUUAGUGGCUAAGUUAGUACAAGGACACAGAUAACCUGUGUAGCAUUGUCUGUGUGUGAGUUGAGAAAGGAUUGUUUUGAUCCCCGGCCUUCCCUGUCAAUAUGGCGGGCACUAAGAGAGACUUUGACAGCUGAGCAGCCCAGUGGAAGGCAUGUAACAAGUUCAGAGAAUGCCGAAUCUCUGCAUGCUAUUUAUACACGCUCGUCUGGAUCACUAGCCGAGUCAGUUAAUUCACACCGACCAUGGCAAAUGCCAUCACAUUAAAAUACCUGCCAAAUGCAUAGCUAACGUCAGCAUAUCCACACAAUGAAUAAGCCCUAUAUUUUCACUCCCUUUGGGGUCACAAACUGUCUUAUGACAUGGUGAGAAUUAUUUUGCCAGGUAUUAUAAGACAAUUUGGUGAAUUUACGUAAUAUUUAUUGUUCUGUGUUUGGUAUCCCUUUACAUUUCCUAGAGCUCUUCAAAUAAAAUCCUACUACUAACUACCACAUAGCCUUAGCUUUUGAGCAACAGUGCUUAUUGGCACACAGAUCUCCUUGAAGAAGACCUCGAGGAGAGGGUUUGUCACCAUUCUCACUAUUCCGAAAGUAAACUUCCCCCAUUUCUCUCCAGUAGCAUGUUAGCACUCAUUUUACUUUUUAUCUUUGAUUUUAUCUCAGUUUCUCUAAGGGUGCCAAGAGGAAUGGCCAUACCCAAGAUGUUCGAAGUGAAGGGGGUGUCACUGUUGUUCUCUUUGGGGGAGGAGAACAUAAUGGAGGGUGAAGAGAACAAGGACCCGUUGGUGCAGACCGUCCUUCCUAGCCUGAGCCUGGUGAUGGAGCAGGGCACUGCCAAGCAGGUGGGCACAGGGGGGCAUGGUGACAGCGACCAAGUCCCAUGUGUCUCAAUCAUCGCCCAGGCAGAGGGUAAGCCAGUAACUAAUGGAGAACUCUUCCUUUCCAAAGUGCAUAGUAGUUACACAGUAGUAAAUGUUUUGUACUUAUUUGUUUUAGUUUACCCUUAUUUUACCAGGUAAGUUGACUGAGAACACAUUCUCAUUUACAGCAACAACUUGGGGAAUAGAUACAGGGGAGAGGAGGGGGGAUGAAUGAGCCAAUUGUAAGCUGGGGAUGAUUAGGUCACCAUGACGGUAUGAAGGCCAUAUUUUGAAUUUAGCCAGGACACCGGGGUUAACACCCCUACUCUUACGAUAAGUGCCAUGGGAUCUUUUAGUGACCACAGAGAGUCAGGACAGCCGUUUAACGUCCCAUCCGAAAGAGGGCAUCCUACACAGGGCAAUGUCCCCAAUCACUGCCCUGGGGCAUUGGGAUAUUUGUUUUAGACCAGAGGAAAGAGUGCUUCCUACUGGCCCUCCAACACCACUUCCAUCAGCAUCUGAUCUCCUAUCCAGGGACCAACCCUGCUUAGCUUCUGAAGCAAGCCAGCAGUGGGAUGUAGGGUGGUAUACUGCUAAAUGGCUAAGUACCACUGAAAGAGUUUUGUAUCUGCAUGCAACCAGGAGGAGGGAUAGGGGUUACAUUCUAGAAAGUUGUUCCCUCUCUUCUGGCCUUUUAUGCUCUAUUCUUUAGAGCAGAAAGGAGGGGAACAACAAGUCCAUUUUAUUUAGUGAGCCGUGUUUGAUCCAGAGUAAAUCUGUGUGUCCCAGGUGAAGGCUCCCAAGAGUUCAGCCCUACGAGCACAGCAUGUGUCUACUCCAGAUCUCACCUGCUCAAAAGCCACAGGUACUUACCAGAGCAUAACGAUCUUUAAUCUCAUGUUUGAAAUUGAAUUGGGACUAGAAAACUGUACUGCCGUUAGAUGGAGUUUGCACUGUAUCCUUAAGAAGUGCACAAGAAAUUGUUCGUAAUAAAGUUAGUACAUUUUAGGCUCAUUACAAUUAGCUGUUCAAUUCCCCCAAAAAUAUUGUUCAGGGGUUACAUGCCCACAGACUCCCCUAGAAGUCUCGUCAACUCAAUCAAUGUCACUUAAUUUGCAGGUCCAUAGCCAAGAAAGCUACAACCGAGAGUGAUACAGACAAAGAGAACUAUGUGGGUACAACACGCACAGUGCCACACCACCACAUUAGAAGGAAGCUUCGGCGAAAGCCUCAGGAAGGAAGACAGAGGGAGGAAGAACAAGAGCCACCAGUCAUCCAAGGUUUAUGGGUGCAGGAGAUCGACUGGUCCAAAUCAACCAACAAGGACAUGAGCUGGGCCUCUGAGGUAAACCAGCUUCCUGUGGACCUCCCCAAACACACAGACUCUAUCUGGGUACCUCAUAGACGCGGAGGUUGCAGUUUGGACACUGUUUUUGAACUUGUAUUCCACUGCAGCUUGGAAGGUGUGUCAAAAUGUGCAGAUGGCCUGUCAGACAUCUACGAACUCAUGGGUGUGUCCGACUCUUCUAGUGAAUCAGGAGGAAUGUCUGAGUCUCCAUGCAGUCUGAAGAGUAUAUCUGAUUCUGAAUCCAUUCGUACUCAUGAGAGCGAGUCGGACUCCUCAUGUAGUUUUGGGGAUGGGGGUCUGUCGGACUCAGUCUGCAGCCUGGUGGACGUGUCGGACUGUCUCUCCAGUGUGAUGUGUGUGUCGGACAACUUCCUGGCACCAGAGGGCGCGUCCGACUCUAACUCAUCUUGCAAUCUGAUGGGCGUGUCUGACUCGGACUCCACCUGCAGCCGGGGAUGGGAGUCCGGAUCCUCCUCCAGUGUGGAGGGUGCGUCCAACUCCUUCUGCAAUCUGGUGGGUGUGUCUAACAUACCAGGGGGUGUGUCUGGAUCGUUGUGUAGCGUUGGGGGAGUGUCUGACUCUGAGACAAUGUUUGAGGAACUGCGCAGCAGAGUUACCCAGAAGCAUCAGCGAUUCGUCUCACCUUUUUUCAAAGCAUUGGUCAAAGAUGUCUCGGAUGAGAUGAAAGAGUUCACUGCACAGAUCAACGAAGGCCUCAUAUUCCACAAGGUAGGAGUACUCUUCAUUUAUUUCCUCAUCAAUAUUCAGUAUCCUUGUUUUAUAAAGAAUGCAUGAAUAACCAGAAUGUGCAUUUAUGUGUACUGUGUAUCUUUCAGCAACUCCAGCCCAAUAAGUUUGAGUACAGGGAGGGAAAGGAAUAUCACAUUCUAUACCACAUCCAGAAUGGAUCGUACGGUGAUGUGUUCAGUGUUCAGGACAAAAGUACCGGGUUCAAGUGUGCUGCAAAAAAAGUAUGUCCCCAAUACAACAGAGAUGUCUUAUGAUCCUUUUCACUAUAUGCAGCAGCUUCAAAGUUGAAUUCCCUCUGUAGAGAAAUAGGCCCAAACUUUUCACUUGGUGCAAGCUCCUAGUAAACAUGGUCCAUAAUCUCAUAAAAUAAUGUAUUUUACUCAUUCCAGAUCCCACUGAGUCAUUUCAACUGUGAGGAGGUGAGCACGUGGAGUGCUCUGAACUCCCCUGGUGUUGUGAAGCUCUUUGGGGCUGUGAGGGAGGGUCCAUACGUCACACUCUUCAUGGACCUGAAAACAGGUUGUUUGGCCCAGCUACUGAGGGAGAGGGGAAGUUUACCAGAGGAACUGGCUUUGCGGUACCUCUGUCAGCUCCUGGGAGCACUGGAGCACCUGCAUCACAGACACGUCCUGCAUCUGGAUGUUAAAGGCAUGUUAACAACCCAUAGACAUGUGUAAAAUCUGAAAGAAUAGCAUAGGUAAAUUCAGUGGUGGAAAAAGUACUAAAUUGUCUUACUUUAGUAAAAGUAAAGAUAUCUUAAUAGAAAAUGACUCAAGUAAAAGUGAAAGUCACACAGUAAAAUACUACUUGAGUAAAAGUCUAAAAGUAUUUGGUUUUAAAUAUACUUAAGUAUCAAAAGUCAAUGGGAUUGCUAAAAUGUACUUAAGUAUCAAAAGUAAAAGUAAAAGUAUAAACCAUUUCAAAUUCCUUAUAUUAAGCAAACCAGACAGCACAAUUUUAUUUUUUAUUGACAGAUAGCCAGGGGCACACUCCAACACUCAGACAUAAUUUACAAACUAAGUAUUUGUGUUUAGUGAGUCUGCCAGAUCAGAGGCAGUAGGGAUGACCAGGGAUGUUCUCUUGAUAAGUGUGUGAACUGGACCAUUUUCCUGUCAAAAGUACUUUUGGGUGUCAGGAAAAAUGUAUGGAGUAAAAAGUACAUUAUAUUCUUUAGGAAUGUAUUGAAGUAAAAAUGUAAAUAGUAAAGUAAAGUAUAGAUACCACAAAAAACGACUUAAGUAGUACUUUAAAGUAUUUUUACUUAAGUACUUUACACCACUGGGUAAAUUUGAGUGUAGUUUACUAGAUGGAGACUUUGUAGAGCAAAGUUAUUUGUGGUUGUUGCACUCCCUCUAGUGUCAGAAGAUAAGAGAGCACAUCCUGUAGUUUCAGGAUGUACAGUACUGUUAUGUCUGCCAGGAAGCAGUUCCCUAUUCAUCCCUAACUCCUUAUUCCUCAGUUAGUCUUCUACUUGUACAUUUUGUUUACCCUUUUUCUUCCUUUCUCGUUGCAGUUGACAAUGUGUUGCUGUCUGAGGAUGGGAGGGACACGUUCCUCUGUGACUUUGGUCUCUCUGAGACGCUGGACCCAAAUGGACAGAGCACCAAAGCCUUUAGACGUCAGUGUAUAUGUGUGAAUACAAUGAAAAAUCUUUAUGAGUUAGUAUUCAAUGAGAUAAACAAAAACGAAACGAUGCCCACACAACUAUUUCCUGACAUUUCAGUAUCUGGGUGGCCCGCUGGCACAGAGACCCACAUGGCGCCCGAGGUGGCGCGAGGGGACCUCCGCUGUGCCAAGGCAGACGUGUGGAGCAGCUGCUGCAUGCUACUGCACAUGCUUAAUGGAUGCCACCCCUGGAUCCGCUACUACAACCACCCGCUGUGCUUCAAGGUAAAAAACAACCCAUGUUAUCCAGGAUCAGAGAAAAGUCCUUGCUGCAAACAUGUGAUUUAAAAGAUUUCCUUUCACUGGUCAGAUUGUCAAUGAGCCACCUCCUCUGAGGGAGGUGCCCCCCAGCUGUAACCCCUACACUGCCGAGGUCUUGAGAGCUGGACUACAGAAGGAUCCCGCCAGUAGAGCCUCUGCCAGAGCGCUAAGGCAGAUGACCACCAAGGCCCUGAGAGCAGGUAAUCUAUCUAUGAAUUGACAAACUUGAAUUAGCUCCUUACAAGUGCGUAUCCAUGGCCGGAAUUCAAUCACUGUGAUUGUUGUGAAGAUGUUCCCUCAGUACAUUGGUGUUUGUGUGUGAGAUGGAGCAAGUGUAUGUUUUAGAAUAAUGAGAGUGCACCUUUUUUCUCUUCAGUGGGAGGACUUUGUCACAGUUCUGGUCAAGGUGAUUGUCAGAAACUGGUGAACAGCAAGGAUGGGAAUCAUGACAGACCCUACAUUCCCUCUGCCCCUGCUAAGCCAGCAGCCACACAGUCAGCACCCAAAAUGCAUUGGGUGAGCCCCUGGAGAGCGUUGGCCGCUGAAGCGGACAGUAGUGAUUCUGAGGAGGGCGGAUCGGAAUUGGAGAGAAAUUCUGAAUCGGUGACAUACUCCCUGGAGGAUAGGGACUGGGAAUAUUAUCAACAUUCCUUGGAGGAGAGCCAUGUGGUGGAAGAUUGGGAAUAUGAGACAGAUUCCGAGGUGGAUAUUUACUUGGGGGAGGAUGGAGAUCCGGAGAAAAGUAGUGUCUUCAAGAAAGGUGACUGUGAAUAUGAAGGCGAUUGGGAGGAAGAGGAGUCUUCCACAGAACUUUACCAAGCUCUCCAUACCCACUUCCCAGUCCUGCGGAAAGGCCUGCCGGAGAUUGACCAAUCCUGGGGGUCAGAGCCUGAAUUGGAAUACUUAAGAGAUGGUGAGUUAAACGGCUACUGCUGCAGGCUUUAUGUACAUCUAAAGGAUGCAGUGUAUAUUCUUGAGACAGGAAAGUAAGGCGAUCUGUCUCUCUCCAGGUGUUACUGUGGGCAUUCUGGCUCAGACCCCCUCCCCUGAGCCAAGGGACCACCCUCCGUCCUGUAUGAGCAGCACUGGUUCAUCCCACAAGGAUGAUACAGACACAGACAAAGAUUCUGAUUGCUCGUCUGAUGACCUCAGCUCUGGAGUCUUCUCCUACAACAGCCAGACAGAUGGACAGAGCUUCAACUUGGAAUGGCUGGUGGUAUCCACCAACCAGCCACCAUCUUACUGCUUUGAAGGUGAACAAAUGCUCUGGGUAGACUUGCCUGUAACCAUUAGGGGAGAAGGGUCUGAUUGUUGAUAAACUCACUGUUCUCUGUGCAUUGCUGGUCUAGGCAUUGAGAUAUGGAUUGAAAACAUUGGUGGUGAGUGUUUGAGGAUCCGUGAACGGCGUCAGGUCAAAGUGGGUCAUGUUGCCAUAGGGAUAAGCGAGCAGGUAAGAGAUCACUGUAAAUCUGAGUAAGGUUGAAUAUACCAUUAGCCUGUCUAAUUGAUGUACAGAUAACAUGAGAGUGUGCUGUGUCUCAUUUAGAUCACAGUGAAGGCCUUCAGUCUGGAGACUCUGGACAGGAAGCCGGUGUCCUUCCAACAGGAAAUCCAGGAGUCAGGCUUGUGGCUUUGCUGUAUUCCUGCCCCAGACUGCUGUCCACGAUGGAGCUGGAGGAUCAAAGAGGGAAAGCUUGAGAUUCGGGAAUGAGCCAACUUUGAAGGUGUAUACAUGCAGCUAUUUUGUAAAUUGAGACUCAGGCACAACAUUUUCACGUUGUGAUGAUAUUUUUCUCUGAAUGUAAUUAUUAGCCUAUAAUAGUAGGUCUCUAGCUACUCAUUGGAAUAGAUGGGCUGUGUCUCUCAACAAUUCUGCCUUUUAUUUGACAUUUACAUCAUUUAGCAGACG